AUGGCCAUGCCCUACAGCAAGACCAAAGAUGGCUUCGAGUCCCAAUUCGGCACCAACCACCUAGCCCACCUCCUCCUCUUCCAGCUCGUCAAGUCCGUCCUCCUCUCCUCCGCAACCCCGUCGUACCCGUCGCGUCUCGUCAGUGUCUCGUCAGUAGGCCACAUAUUCAGCCGUCCCAACUUCGGCGACUACAACUACGGCGUACAACGCAUGGGCCUCACCACGAGCUCCAACCUGGGCGCCCAUUUGCCUCGGAUCUGCUUGAGAUAUUCUUGGAUCCCGAGGUGUAGCGCACGGCGAAGAGCGCGGAGCAGGGCGCCGCUACGCAGGUUUGGGCUGCGGUGGGCAGAGAGUGGAAAAGUAAAGGAGGUAGGCAUCUGUCUGGCGUGGCUGAGGCGGUGA